CCUUUUGGUUAUUGUAUUUGAAAAACCAAUCGUUUGAUUGAUAUCUGGAUUUAAUAACCACUUAAUAGUCACACCAGCGAUGGCUAAGUCCAAGAAUCACACCAAUCAUAACCAGAACCGCAAAGACCACAGGAAUGGUAUCUUUCGGCCCAAACGUCACGUCAAGGAAUCGAUGAAAGGGCGCACAUACACUGAGAGAGUCUUCACACCAAAUGUCAUACUUUGGCAGACAUUGUCUGCUCAGCUCUACAUAACACUUCACCAG